AUGAUUCAGAAGAUUAUUAUUAUCUCAUUUCAUCACGUCGACUGGUCGGUCUCUUUGCCGCUCUCUCAUGGGAUAAUAUUCCGACGCCCGUCAGCCCUGGACAAGCUGGGCGCCGUACUGUUCCAACAUGGUGAAGCAGUUUAUUCGCUGGUACUACUAACGGGCCAACAUUAUUUCCCAACGCUAGCUGUCACUCCGGGACGUAUUGGACAACAAUUGUGGACCGUAACCCGCGCCGACGACUAACUCUUCGAUUAUACCAUGAUUCAGCAGAGAUUUUCUUCAACUUACUCUGAAGACUGAAUAAAUUGAUAUGAAUUGAAAUUGAGAUUGAAAAAAUUGAAGAAUGGGAGGAGCCUGAAUUGCGACUUUGCAUUAAAACUGCGCCUACAGGUUCAUGCAUUACUUAAGAAAAUAGGCUUAGUUUUAAGGCUUCACACGGAGGCGGAGCGCGCAUAGCGCGAAGCCGACUGUGGCUCGCUUCGAAAAAACUGAGCCACAGUAAAAAAUUCGUCAAAUAAAUGAAAUACUUGACAUAAAAGGCAUUUAGUUUCAAAAAGUGGACACUAAUAACACUAUCAGGUCGCUCUAAACGAUUUGCAAACUUGAUACGCGUAGCGAAAAAAUCUGCGAAAUGUAUUUCCCAAAAAAAAAAUUAAAGGAGCACACUGUGCGUAGGCGUGGGCCUCGACGCCUCGGAUUAUUCCAAACCUUUAAAAGGUUUCUAAAAAAAAGUAAGAAAAUAGAAGAAUAAAAAAAAGUUUCCAAUCAAAAGGGGAUUUUCAAGUGUGUUAUCUUUCUGUUUCUCAUGUGACCGGAAAAGUUUUCACGUCGAAUCUAAUUUUAUGAAUUUGAACGUAAAAAAUGAAUAAAAUGAUAUGGCUGCGUGCGCAAGUUUUGCAAAUGAAGAUGAUGUCAUAGGGAUGACGUCAGGGAGUAGCAGUUUGCGAUUUAACGGGAAGUUCAUUUCUGAAAUCCAAGGAGAAAACGAUCGAUUGAAAAAGUAUUUUUCAGAAAGCUAUCAAGAAAAUGUUCAUUGGAACUUGUUAAAAACCUUGUGGACAUCACUUACGGUCUUGCACCGAGGCAGAAAAGGAGAAGAAACUGAGAAGUAUGCCCGGCUUCAUUUUGUUCAUUUCUUUAUUUUUUAGAACUUUUUUUCGAACGCCGCAAAGUGGUUCUCAUUCAAUUUAUUUUCUUAUUUGCUUUAAGAUGAAUAUAAAACCUUUAGAUCAGAAAUAUCUUAGCGCAGUGGAGAAGAAUUGUGUGUAGGACUGGAGGAGGUCCUUGGUCUAGUCGUUCCCCUGGCGAGCCAGCCAUGUCAUCCUCUGAGUGGCAGGGAGGCGACCACCUUCGAGUCGGUGUCGACAAUCCCCGCCUGA